AUGACAGAUCUGGGAACUAUGUCCUAUUUUUUGGGCAUGGAGAUAAAACAAGAUCAGCAGGGGAUAUUUAUUAAUCAGAAAAAGUAUGCCAAAGAAAUACUGAAUAGAUUUGGCAUGGAAGGAAGUAAAGCUAUUGCUACUCCAAUGAAUCAAAAGGAAAAGCUGAGUAAGAAUGAUGCUGUAGAGAAGGAUGACGAGGGCAUUUAUAGAAGUCUUAUUGGCUAUCUCAUGCAUUUGACUACAACAAGACCUGACAUUCUCUAUGCUGUAAGUGUUCUUUCAAGAUUUUUGCAUUGUGCUACAUUGAAUCAUUACAAGGCUGUAAAGAGAGUCAUAAGGUAUAUCAAAGGAACUCUUGAUUAUGGUAUUCGGUAUAAACGUAAUCAAGUGUUCAAAUUGGAAGGCUGUUCUGACUUAGAAUGGGGAGGGUCCUUGGAUGAUAUGAAGAGCACCUUUGGGUAUUGUUUUAUUUUGAGUUUUGGGGUAUUUUCUUGGAGUUCGAAGAAGCAGGAAGUGGUGGCCCAAUCAACUACAGAAACUGAAUCCAUAGCAGCAAAUACAGCUGUUAAGCAAGCUCCUUAG